UCUGACCGUGCUUGACAUUUGGUCGGGCUUUUCAAAAAGUAAACAAACUAUCGAACUGCAAUAUCCUUCGUCUUUUAUUCGGAACGAAUUCGCUCUGAUAUUGUUAUCGUUUGGAGCUAGCAUGAACGGCGCGUCGCAACAAAUAAAUGGUUCAUCGGACAGUCAUCACAUUCGUCAGCGAUAUUGCCAAAACCGUCCAUUAUACCGUCGAUCCCGCCAGCUAACUGCCGUCCGUGUGUAUUCCGUAGCGAACGAAUCGCGCCAUCUACUAAUAUUCGGUGUUCCGCAAAUAAAUUUGCUACGUGAGUUACGGCAAGAGUUGGUCCGUUUCGGUGCAUUGGAAACUAUCUGCAACAUUACGGACGUUUGGCAACGGGAGCAUGAAGGUUCGGACGAGCUAUUGCUCGAACCGUUUACGGAUGUGUUUCACGUGUGCUUCGCAAAGCUAGAGAAAGCCCGGCAAGCGAAGAAGUUACUGGAUGCACGCAAUUUUUACGGUGGAAUACUACACAUUUCUUACGCGCCGGAACGAGAAAGCGUUGCAGAAGUAAAGGCUAAAUUGAAUCAGCGGAGGUCGGAGGUGCGCUACAGAACAAAACUCGAACAACGAAAACCAUCCCACACUGGUGUUGGUGUCGACCAGCAAAUAGCUUCUAUUCCAACUACUAAGAAGAGUGCUAAAAAGGGUCGAUGA